AGUAAACCAUGGGUGACGUCUUAGUAUUUACAGAUGAACAAGCAAAAUCAAAAGGCUACACAGGGCUAGCUGAUCUAUGAACUAGCAGUUGCGGUCAUUAGACGGCAGGAAAUGGUGGGGUUGUGAGGGGGACGAGGGGAAGGCAAGUGGCGGCGGUUUAUUGAAAGAAAGUAAAACUAGAGGGCAUGCCAUACUUCAAGGUUUUGUACGCCUGCGGGCCUGCUGCAUGGUUGCGCCAUUCAACCCAAAGUAGUGUCAGUCCUGCCGAGUCAGCUGGCAUGCGGGCCACGCAACGCCCGUGCGCUUUGCUCCUGGCGUUGCUCUGCCUUUGCUCGGCACCAUGGAGGUUUCUGCGCCAAUACGUGCACGCCUACGACCCAUGUGUUUACCCGGGAGCCCACCUCGAAGCGAUGUUCCGCUGCGCAAUGAAGUCGAUGCCGGAUGACGUAAAAGCUGAGGUUGAGGCCAUUCUGAACCGCAUUCCAGGCCUACAGCUUCGCGAAGUCGUCGAUUUGAUGUGCAAGGCCAACCGACAGUCGGGAAUCGUCAUGGUACGUAAAUCUGCUAAAUCCCGUUGCACUUGCGGGGCGAAAUUGGCCGAGAACAACUUAGUGCACUAUGCUGGAUUAUAG